UAGAUUGUAGGUAAUACAAUAAAAGGCAAUGUUCCAAUUAAAUUUAAUUUUAAAUUGUUAAUAAUAAUUUAAUUUUUAUUUUUGAAAGCUUUUUUAUUAAGUAGUAGUUGUGUUUUCUUUUUCUAGUUAAUAUUUUUUAGCUUAAUUGUAAAAAUUAUGGUGGGUGCUAUUUUUUUUUUAAAGAAUUCUCAACAUGAUUAACUUGAUCAUCAGUUCAUUAUUGCGUACAAAUUUAUAUUUAUAAAAAACAUGAGAAAAGAUAAUCAAAGAUCAAUGUUUGACUUAGACGAGCCUGAUAAAUUACCUCAAGAUCUUAGUAUAUCAUACUGGGAAUUACUUGGAUUAAUCAUCGCAAUAGUCAGUCACGUUAUUGAUGUUUGCAUUGAUUUUAAUGUUGCCUAUCAGUAUUACAUAUAUGAAAAAUCUAUUUAUUUUAUUUUAACUAUUACCUUUAUGGUCAUUCCAUCAAUUAUUAACACUUAUAUGAGUCUUAAAAUUUACUCUUUACAAGGAGGUAUGCAGAAAGUUACUAGGAAAUUGUUGAAAAACCCAGUGUUACUCCCAGUAAUGAUAGUAUUACAAAUGGCACCUGUGUUCCGGUAUUAUGAUGUAUUAAAAUAUGCUCUAAAGUCUCGCAAAGAAGCUAAAAAAAAGAAUUAUGAUGAUCAAAGAAAAUAUUAUGCUCUAAUGGCCAGAGAAGACUCUUAUGUAUCAUUAUUGCGCCUCUUUGAAUGUUUCCUUGAAGCAGUUCCUCAGCAAAUAUUACAAAUUUGUAUUGUUUUAGUUGAGAAAAAGCAUGGUUCUACUUUUCAAAUUAUACAUCAAGCUGCAUCAAUAUUAAGUUCUACUAUUGGUAUAGCCUGGGCUAUGGCAUCUUACCACAAAAAUGUUAGAAUUGCUUUUGAAGAAAGGAAGAAUAUUGGAAAUGUUGGUACAUUUUUACAAUUUUUAUGGCACAUAUCAAUUACAGGUUCCAGAAUACUUUCUAUCAGUUUAGCUGCUAUUGUAUGGCCAAUUUCAACUGGUGUAUCUUGUUUUGUUCAUUGGUUUUCUAUGACUUUAUGGAUUUUUAUGUUUCAAAAUGUAACUUUUUGUAUGCCAGUAAAUAAAUUUAAAGAAAAAGGUGCCAUUCGAUUUUUCUUCUCUACCAUAUUAGGAUUGGUAUAUAUAUUUACUUAUUUAUCUCCCAGUGAAGGACAAGGAAGAUCAAGAUACCGUUAUCUUGGUUAUUAUGGUAUUUUUUUACUAGAGAAUUUAUCUGCUGUGAUUAUUUGGUCUUUAACAGGAAAUGACCAAACUCAAUGGUAUUAUUAUCCCUUGAUGAUUGGAUCAAUAUUACCAUUUUUUGUUGGAAUAUUAUUUAUGACCAUCUACUACAAAUUUUUUCAUCCACAUAACACUUUUCAAGAAGACUUAUAUCAGAUCAAUGGAAACACAAAAUGUAUUUUAAAACCUUAUGAGCAAUCUUAAAAAAAAUUAUAAGACUGAUCAAAUUAAUAUGAUUUUUUAUAUUAAAGAGUAUUUUUUUAAUAAAAGUAUUAUUAUGUACAAAAUAAGUUAUAUUAUAUUCAAUACAUAUUU